CGUGGGUGUGCGAGAUAGACUCGUGACCGCGCUCAGUUUUCCUCUUCCGCAGAAUAUCGCACAGCGGUCAGCGCGCUACACUGCUGAAAGGAUGGAUGGAGCGGGCUCGUUCGGAGCCGGGCGAGCCGGUUCGGCCUUCGACCCUGUCGCAUUCGUCAAACAGCCCCAGACUAUCCUACGAGUGCUAGCAUGGAUCUUCUCCAUGGUGGUCUUUGCAUCUAUAAUAAACGAAGGCUAUGCGAAUAUGGGCAGCGAACGAUUGUACUGUGUCUUUAACAGGAAUCCAGACGCAUGUAACUAUGGCAUCACAAUAGGAAUCAUCGCUUUCUUAGCCAGCGUCUUCUUCCUGGCCUUGGACGUCUACUUCCCCCAGAUCAGCAGUGUUAAAGACAGAAAGAGAGCUGUGCUGUUGGAGAUUGUCUUUUCAGGAUUCUGGACGUUCCUGUGGUUCGUAGGUUUCUGCUUCCUGGCCAAUCAGUGGAGCCAUACGUCCCCUACAGAGUUGCCCCUGGAGCAGGCGUCAGACGCAGCCCGAGCAGCUAUUGCCUUCUCUUUCUUCUCCAUCCUUACCUGGGCGGCCCUCACGGCCUGUGCCGUUCAGAGGUUCCUCCUGGGUACGGACAUGAGCCUGUUUACCGGCGAGCAUGUGGCCAGUCAGGCCCCCAAGCAGCCGUACCCCUCCAAUGACGUCAUCGGCCAGACCACUAUCCCCGUCGACGCCUACCAGAGUCCACCGCUCAUCGAAACCGCGGAGACCCGCCCCCCUGGCUACAAGAUCCCGCCUGCAUUUUAAUCUGCAGCCAAUCAGAAGGACAGAGUAUAGACUGCCGUUUAUGUUAGCUAAAUGUAUCGCGAUGUACCGCAUUUUAGCAACGGGGUGGAGAGGAGAUGCUGUUCACCUCUGUAGUGUGCACUAUCAUACAGAAUUAAAUGAAUUCAUCUAGUCUCACCUUUACUCGAACAAAUGUGGGUGUUUGGGGAUAUUUAUUGAUUAUUACGACCCAAAGGUUUUGCAUUUACAGAUUAAAUAAUUGCAAACAUCAACAUGUGCUGUUUAUUCUGUAAUACAUAUGUAGUCCUGUUUAUUCUAAAGAAAUGCCCAAUUUUAAUGGCUAAUACAAAAGGGAAAUUAUACUGACACCUAUUGGCUUGGAUGAAGCAUUACGCAAAAGCAAAAUUGUAGAAAUUGUAAAAAUACUCCAUUGACUGGUGUAUGUUUCACUUACGGUUAACGUUUUUCGCAACCAAAAGUGUUUUGAAAAUAAAAUGUAUCGUUUUAAACAUAUUUAUCAUAUAAUUUAUAUCAUAAAUAUGUUUAAAAACGAUAUCAUAUUUAGUAUAGUAAUAUACAUUUUUAUUAUUUUUCAAUGUAUAACAUCACUUAGUGCACUCAAAGUAUAAUAAAGCAAAAUGUAUUAUUAUUACAAUAGUGCUUAUAGUUUUUAAUUAGCGAUUAUUUUUGUUUUCAUAGAUUAUAACUUUAUGCCAUAGCUGACCAACAAUCUGUAGCAUCACACAAUGAUCACUAGUUAUUUUAAGUGCCGUCCACGUCUUUUGUGUCAAAAUCUGUUUCUGUUGAAAGAAUUGCCUUUUUUAAGUUUCAGGUAAACAAUGUUAUGUCACUUCAACAGGAGCAAGAUGAGUAGCGUCUCAGUUGUGUCUCAGUCUGCGUUGAUGGAGACCGAAAACAUUCCAGAUGAGAUAACUGAGAUUAUUGCAACAGAUUGUUUACUUUAACAAGCAAACUUGUGCAUAUGUGUGUGUGUGUUUGUGUGUGUGGGGGGGGGGGGCUGGGGGGGUGUGCUUGAUCUAAAUAUGUCUAAUUGCAUGAUAUGGUACAAAGAUAUUGAAAUUUCCACUGAAGUAUAGAGGCGAUUGUUAUAUUUUGUUAAUGGAGGAUGUUAAAGUGGUUAUCAAAGUGUUUGGAAUGACAUGAAUAAAUAAAGAUGAACCGGA